ACUCGGUCAUCCCAAACCCCAGCGCCCCAGCUUAUUCUCUCACAAUUCUAAAUCUGAUUCUAAUUCUCCUCUCAUUCGGCGCGAUUGAAAUUCAUAUCCUCUCUCCGUUUUCGCGCAAUUCUUCUAAGGUUUGAAUUUCGACCCAGAUUCAGGAAAUUGAGGAAAAGAGUAGAAGAAAAUGGAGAAAAGCAAGCUGUUAUCAUCGGAGAAGGGUAAUGGAGGCGAAAAGGGUCGCCGGCGAGCAUUCAAGAGGAGAAGAGAAGGGGUGAUGAAGAAGGCCAGAGAGCUUUCAAUACUCUGCGACACCCCUGUUUGGAUCGUCAUCCGAUCUCCGGACGAUGACGGAGAUGAGGUCGGCAUCUGGCCGCUGCCGCCGGAGAAUGGUUCCCAGCAGGACGAAGUCAUUCGACAGUGCAAAGAGAAGAUGAUGGCAAUGAUGAAGAAUGGAACUGGCAGAGGAAGGGCGAAGAAACGAGCCAGAACAGCAGUGCCCGAUGUCGGGGACGAAGAAACCGCGGCUAAACGGGUUAGAACCGCGCCUGAUUCCGACGCAGCGGACUCAGAAAAGUGCGCGGAUUCUUGCUAUGUCCCGGAGCCGUUCCAGCUAUUUCCACCAAGCUUUUAUUCCUUGGACAUUUCUACCCCGCUGGUUGGUGCUUAGAAUGAAUAUUGGGGUUUUGA